AGUGAACAACAGUCUGAAAGGGACUUUCUGCCAUGUUUUACAGGCAGUCGUGCUUCUGAAGACUAGUUUUUGUUCGCUUUGUUGUGAAUAUUUACAUAAAACCAUCCAAGUGUCUGUAUCCAGCACCGUCUGUGCAAAACUCCUUCGAUGUCAGAGGUUCAAACAUGAAAACAUUUUCUCAGUCAUUGUUGUUUUUUCUUUUUAACUCCACAGUGAGUUCUGCAGCUGAAUGACAGCAUGGCAGCAGCACCUGGACCACAAGACACUUUUCCCAGACGUCGCAGGAAGAGCUUUAAUUUUGUGCCCCCCCACAUGUCUGAGCUCAGAGCUGUCCUGCUGGGGAACAGCUGGUCUGAGAGGAGCUCAGUGGGAAACUUUAUACUGGGAGAGAAGUUCAACCCUGAGGAAGAUCUGGACCGAUGUGUGAGAGUCAGUGGACACAGUCAAGGGAAAGAAAUAUUUCUCAUCAACACUCCAGAUCUGCUUCAUCCAAACAUCUCAGAGGACAAAUAA